ACGAGACUACGAGUCAUUAGAUUAGAGUUGUAGGGCUAAUUACGUAAUUACGUAUCCAUUAACUGAAAAAGAUUUCAAAACUAUUGAGGAUAUUUGCCUGCGUUUAUGGUUGUAAAACCCCUGCUCUGCUCUGCUAUGCUGUCUUCCUCUUCUGCUCUCUCAAUUCAAGCUAUUGGUGAUUCUUCAACAGAGAGAGAGAGAGAGAGAGACAGAGACAGAGAGAUUUGUAAGGUUAGGAAUUUGGAAUCCAUUACAGGAAAAUUAGAAGUUUUCUCUUUGGAAGAUCUUGAUAGAAGUCCUAGAUUUCGAUUGUGGCAAUUUGUACGGUAAAUUUUUGGCCGGAAUUUUGAAGUGUAUUUGAAUAGAAAUGCAAGAUUUUAGGGCGAUGGGGAGUGGUGGUGGAGGAGGAGGAGGUCGGAUCUUCAUCGGAGAUCGGAGAAUGCGCCCACAUCCGAACCAAGCCUUGAAGUGUCCACGCUGCGACUCGCUCAACACCAAGUUCUGUUACUAUAACAACUAUAACCUUUCACAACCUCGUCAUUUCUGUAAGAGUUGUCGGAGGUACUGGACUAAAGGGGGUGUACUUCGCAACGUUCCUGUCGGUGGUGGCUGCCGGAAAACCAAGCGGUCGAAGUCCAAAUCCAACACAGAAACUCACAAGGAGAGGAAAUCAACAACAUCGCAUUCGAGUAGCGAGAGUUCAAGUCUUACAGCUACGACCAACGAAGCAGCUUCUGUGCCUUCGACAUCGAGCUCUGCUGUAGCAACAACAGCAGCAGUAACGACAGGUUUGGUCAAUUUUCCUGAUUCGAGUUUGUUUGUACCUCACAACCCUAUCCUGAACACCGAUUUCGAGCCGCCGUCGAUGUUGGAUAACCUGGAGCAGACGGCGGACGGUGGAAUUUUUCCGGAGGCGGGGAGUUUUACAAGCUUGAUGACGGCUUCAAACCCGCCGUUUCUGGGAUUCAAUUUCAACGAUAUAUUGCCGUUUCGAUUGCAUCAUCAUCAGCAGCAGCAGCAACAACAACAACAUCAACAAGAAGAAGAAGAGCCGAAGAUGACGAGUUCCAUGGGUGAAGAGCUGAAGAUGCCAGAAUUGACAACAGGGUUGAUAAAUCAGACGGUGCCGGUAGACAUGGCUGAGAUGCAGAGCAGGAACGGCAACGGAGGAGGAGGAGGAGGCUUGACAGGUUUCGAGUGGGCGAGCGGUGGUGGAGAUCAAGGGCUGUAUGACAUGGGAAGCUCCAUGGAACAGAGUUAUUGGGGUCAGAAUCAAUGGUCUGACAACGAUCACCCUCUCUACCUUCCCUAAACAAAACCCAGAAAUCCACUCACCAUUUUUAAGUUUUUUAACCGUUCUAAACAGCUGAAAGGAACAGAGAAAGAUCAGAAACUAUGUAUCUGUGUAAAUGCUUUAUUUUGCCACUCUUUUUUUUUCUUUUUUUAGAUUGUAGAUGUGCUUGAAGCUGUGGCUUGGUGAUCAUGUUGCUAUACUGCAACUAACUUGCAUGGGUUUGGGUUUCUUUUUUUCUUUUUUAAUUUCCCUUUUCUUCUUUUUAAUGGUGAGAGGGAAGAUGAUUUUAUAACAAGAUAUUACUUUUUUUUCUUCAAUAUAAUUACAGAAGAAAAAUAGAGAAGCUUUUAUUA